AUGAUUGAUCCAGAAUUCGAAUUGCUUGCAAGUUUGACCCAAGCCUGCGAUCAGGGACUUGAUGCCGGGCAAACAGCCCAAGUUAAACUCAUUUGUAUUUCAACCGUGGUCGGGGUGCCGGUGAACGAACGCGUACUAGAUCGACUUGUUCAAGCUUUGAAAACCUUGAAAUCAAAAGGUAGAAAGAAAAAUCGAGCCUUGGUUCGCUCUAUUACGUCUCUCAAGAAUAACGAUUUCAAGAUCGAGUGGGAAGUGCGAAGCAGUGUCUGUUGGAUACUCAGAAUGAAGCAGCUACCUCUGUUGCAUCAUCAUGUGCAUGAACUUCUGAAGUGUCUCAAUCCAGUCAGUUUGCAUCUAGAUUCCAACCGACGGUUCCGAGAAGGUCUUGAAAUUCUCUCCGAAAUCGAUAACUGCAUGGAUCAGAUAAGCGUAUCCGUUGCCUCGAUUUGGGACUCGCCAAGCCCGGCGGAUUCCCAAGUGAAUGUGGAGACCUUGACACCGUUCAGACGCCAUCGUCUAGUGCAUAGUUCUCAAGGCAUACUAGGUAUUGUGUCCGAUGUACUUGGGCGCUUCGAAGGCUUCAUCUCUCAUUUCUUUGUCUCAGACAAUCCAAAAUUGCAGACUUCAAGUACCAACGAUUCCUUAGUGCAUCUGGCCGUUCUAGAUUUGGGGGUAGUAAAUUUUCUCAUCGAAUCACUCGGCCAAUCAGAUUUCGUCGUAUUCCUCCGUGAAUGGAGCUUCAGGGAAAGGCUGAGAAAUCUGGAUUGUCCCUUGACCAGUCUUAUCAUACUUGGCAACUCAUCCCAAAUCAAACGCAAUCCUGAAAAAUCGCUCGUCAGGAAACAAAUCGAAGGCUUAGUUACACUUUACAAAUUACACCGAGUUCUUGUGUUGAAGAUUUGCAAAUUCCCGCACAUCAAACCUGGGUUGAUCCCGGAAACGAACUUUAGAGAGCUAGAAGCCUUACCAGUUGCAACAAGCACACUGGAAUAUGAGUUAGAGCAAAUCGUGCAAAAUCUUAGACUUGAUCAUACGCGACGGCCUGAUUUCGUAAAACUUACUCUUGCGAUAGACGACUUGGAGACCGCGUUCAAGAAGAUCAAGGACUUGUUAAAUCAAAUCUUUGCCUCCCCAAAUCACAACUUCGACCGAGAAGCUUAUCAAUAUUCUCAGCAAUGGAUUCAACUUUGGAUUUCUCAAUUCAAUCUUGCGGCCAAUAAUUUCUUUUGGAUCUCUAAUGCUUACAUCACCGAGAAACUUACGAGCAUUUAUUACUAA